AUGCGUUCGUUGCUUCUCCACCUGUGGUCCAUCACAGCACUGCCCUUCUCCGAGAAGUAUGCUGACCUUUCGCCGGAUGACUUGAGCCGCGUGGCUGUGGAACUCUUCGCCGGCCGGUUGAACUGCUCGGCCAGCGGACAUGAGGAACACGUUCUCGAUGCUUUGCGACACUACAACGCUGUACCCAACUCCUGCUUUGCAGCCGGCUUGGGGCGGGUGCUUUGCUGCACGACCCCGAAGGCCAGCCCAUGCUUUCAAUCUGUGAGCGAGUUCGAUGACAACUGCUGUGCCGAGGAAGACGCUUGCCUUGUUGCCUUUGAAGCUGUGGCCUCGAAGGCGGAUCAGUUCAGUAGCUGCGAGGAGUUCUUACACUGCGCAGGUGCUAUUUUCCUGCCCUGUUUGACGUGGACUUUGGAGGCAGAUCGGAUUUUCGAAGAUACUUUCGUUCCAAGACUGUUGCUCAGUGGGCAUCGGUGUUUCUCGCUGCAUUUCUUCUCCAAGAGCAGCAGCCAAUCUGAGCCCGUUUUGGGUGAGGACUUUUGGCUCCUGGGGCUUUGCACACCAGCCGCCUGCUCAGCAGAGUCCAUUAGAACCAAUGCUGCGGAGAUCAUGCAUGACAUUCACCUCCCGAGCAUCACGGGCAUGCGCGCGAUAGACAUUAACGACUUGAAGCAUGUGGCAGUCAACGAGCUUGUUCAUUGGGCCCAGCUGCGAAUAGACUUCGCUAUUGUUGGUCCACCCAACGCUGGCACCUCUUCACUGCAGAAAACCUUGAGCAAACAUCCAAACAUUCGAUUUAUCGAUGGGAUUCAUGAACUCUCAGUGCCGAGCUCUUGGCAUCGGAGCAUUGAGUUGUGGGGCUGGCAAUGCACCGCGCCCAAGCUGUUGCCCAAGCAUUGGGCUGAGGAUCACCUCAUCGAGGUCAUGUCUGGCAAAGGCUCCACGAGCUCUCCAGCCAUAGUUGGCUUCAGAAAUCCCAAGUUCAUCUACAGUAAGCAGUGCUUACAGAAUCUGAAGUCUAUUCCAGGCAUCAAGAUUAUUACAAUGUGGCGAGAUCCGAUUGAUUGGAUGUGGAGCUCACUGUCAAGGGCAUAUGAAGGCUUUGACACCUCCCCCGAGGACUUUCGACGUGCGUGGCACCAACUGGCUGACACUGACAAGGAGGUUGUGGCAAUGAGCCGUGCUGGCGGAGGUGGCUACGACUGCUAUAUCAUACUACUGCUCCUAAUCCUGCUCCUACGACUCCUACCCCCUUACGCGACUUCUCGUGCCUUUGCUCAGUUCGGGCCUGGGGAUCCUUGGAAUGGGGUGGAAAUAACUACUGCGGCGGUCAAUUUACCGACUUUACCGUAACAUUCAUUGUGUGCAUGAUGGAUUUUCAUUGACUUUCAGAGCUCUAAAGGUGCCGUGAAGACACUGCAUCCACCUGGCC